UAUCAAAUUUUAGCAGAGAUUGACCAUUCAAGUAAAUUACCAAAUUAUCCUCGCCGGCGUUGUACUGCUUCUCCGGUAACCGAAUUCCGGUAACGUCCAUAGCCGAGCAGUCACAGAGCUUGAUCGGUUUCGCGGCGGAGACGAAAUUGAGAGUCAACCAACGGAGCUGGGAAAAGUAGUGCUGCGCAUGAUGGGAUUUUGCGUCUUCCCGUUGGAAACUCCGGCGAGACUGCUUUGGUGCUCCAGCUUCUUCCGCCACAAGCUAAUGCUGUUUUAAGUAUAGGUUUUGGCUCUCUGAACGAAACUCUGCACGUUAGCACCAUAUUAUAUAUGCGAAGAGUAUUGUAAUAGAGUUGGGCGCCUUAAUUAUCUAUAUACAUACACAUAUAUACGCCUGGUGGAUUGGGAGUGCUCGCCGGGGAUCUGAGUGAAGGAGAUAUGCAAUCCGGUCGGAUUUUCUUCGAUCCUUCUUGCCGCAGCAACAUGCUGUUUCUCGGGAAUGGAGACUCCGUUUCUCGAGGGGCGAGAUCGGUGGUGAACAUGGAGGAACCGUCUAAGAAGCGACCAUUUUUCCGAUCACCGGAAGAGCUGUAUGACGAGGAAUAUUUUGACGAGCUGCAGCUGCCGGAGAAGAAACGCCGCCUCACUGCGGAACAGUUGCAGUUGCUGGAGAAGAGCUUUGAAGCGGAGAACAAGCUGGAGCCGGAGCGGAAGAGUGAGCUGGCCAAGGAGCUGGGGCUGCAGCCGAGGCAGGUGGCUGUGUGGUUCCAGAACCGGCGCGCCCGCUGGAAGACCAAGCAGCUCGAGAGGGACUAUGAUCAUCUCAGAUCCUCCUAUGACUCUCUUGCCUCUAACUACGACUCCAUUCUCAAGGAAAACCAUCACCUCAAAGCUGAGCUACGCUCGUUGACCGAGAAGCUGCAACCGAAAAUGGAAGCGGGUCUGAACCCCAGUGAUGCAGCAGUUGCGCCGCCGCAACUGAAGGUGGAGGACCGCCUCAGCAGCGGCAGCAAUUACAGCAGCGCGGUGGUGGAUCAUGAGGAGAGCCCGCAGGUAGAUCUCGACAGCGGCGACUCUUACUUCCCGGACGAUGACGGAUACGACGACGGCCGGAGGUUCUUCCCGGAUGUGUUCGAGGAGCAAGAUCAGGCCAUUGGCUGGUGUAUCUGGUCCUGAAUUGAUUUCCAAUUGUACUACAAAUUAAGGUCUACACCACACCACACCACAGCACUACUUUGGUCCAUAGAGUAAUAAUGAAUUAAUUAAUUACUGUAUGAAUGAUAGCCACUGCUACUCUUAAUUAUAUUCUUAGUUAAUUAAUGAAUGUGUGUCAUGUCAUGUCGCUGCUGCUGUAUUACGUCUAUACGAAACCCGCUGCUGCAAUAAAAUAUAACGAGUGCUUGUACGUA